AUUGAUCUUUCUUUACAUUUUCCUUUCCCUCACUUUCCCUCCUACUCCCGGAAAACAAGAAAACAAUGUCUGGAAUGAACGGUGUAGACAGUACCAACAGAGACCCACUGGACGGUCCUGAUCAACCCAAAACUUCCUCCCGAUAUUCGGGAGACUUACCUUCUUUAUUAUCUUCUUGUUAUCCCAUAACUCUCAAGUUUAUUGACAUAUGUUACCGAGUGAAGAUGAAGAACAACGGAGAAGGCAAUAUCAAGAGUUGGUUCACUCAUGGGCCCACCUCGUCCGAUCAAGGAUCGACGGCCGUGAUACAAGAAAGAACGAUCCUAAACAAUGUAACGGGUAUGGUGUCACCGGGGGAAAUCUUAGCCGUCCUUGGCCCUUCGGGGAGUGGGAAAUCGACGCUUUUGAAUGUUCUGGCGGGAAGGAUGCAUGGACGCGGCUGUACUGGAACAGUCCUUGCCAACAACAAAAAACCCACUAAACAGACGGCAAGACGUACCGGAUUUGUCCCGCAGGACGACGUUCUGUACCCACACCUCACCGUCCGGGAAACGCUGGUUUUCUGCUCCCUCCUCCGCCUUCCCAACACUCUGUCUAGGAAGGAGAAGGCGUCGGUCGCUGAGUCGGUGAUAUCGGAAUUGGGUUUAACGAAAUGCGAGAACACCAUUAUCGGAAACAGCUUUACCAGGGGCGUUUCGGGGGGAGAAAGGAAGAGGGUCGGCAUAGCCCACGAGAUGCUGAUAAAUCCUAGUUUGUUGAUUCUUGACGAACCCACUUCGGGUUUAGAUUCCACGGCCGCGCACCGGUUGGUUUCGACUUUGGGAAGCUUGGCUCAGAAGGGGAAAACCAUCGUGACGUCCAUGCACCAGCCGUCGAGCCAGGUUUACCAGAUGUUUAGCUCGGUGCUGGUGAUGAGCGAAGGGAGGAGCUUGUACUUUGGGAAAGGUAGUGAAGCUAUGGUUUUCUUCGAAUCGGUUGGUUUCUCGCCGUCUUUCCCCAUGAAUCCUGCGGAUUUCCUCCUUGAUCUCGCCAACGGAGUAUGCCAUCAGGACAGUGUCAGCGAAAAAGAGAAGCCGAACGUGAAACAAUCCCUCUUUGACUCCUACAACACAAUGUUGGCUCCAAAAGUAAAAGCCGCCUGCAUGGAUACAACCCCCAUUUCUUCCAAGUACUUGCAUUUCUUUGGGAGCCAUUCUUCCAGAAAAGAACAAAGAAACAGAUGCAACAUCUUCAGCCUUUCCACCUGGUUCUACCAAUUCAGCAUCCUCUUCCAGAGAAGCCUCAAAGAACGAAAGUAUGAGUCCUUUGACGCCCUUAGAGUCUUCCAAGUGAUCACUGCAGCACUCCUUUCCGGCUUAAUGUGGUGGCACUCCGAUUUUGUGGACAUUCAGGACCGUCUUGGCCUCCUUUUCUUCAUUACCAUCUUCUGGGGAGUUCUACCAUCCUUCAAUGCAGUCUUUGCAUUCCCUCAAGAACGAGCCAUCUUCAUGAAAGAACGUGCUUCAGGGAUGUACACACUGUCUUCGUAUUUCAUGGCACGAAUUGUUGGAGACAUGCCUAUGGAGCUGAUCCUCCCCACGGUUUUCCUAACCAUGGCCUACUGGAUGGCUGGACUGAAACCUGACCUUAUUUCGUUCCUCCUCACUCUCCUCGUUCUCCUUGGAUAUGUCCUCAUUUCUCAAGGGCUCGGGCUAGCAUUAGGUGCAGCAAUAAUGGAUGCCAAACAGGCUUCCACCAUAGUCACCGUGACAAUGCUAGCCUUCGUGCUCACUGGAGGUUUUUACGUGCACAAGGUACCUUCCUGUAUGGUCUGGAUCAGGUACCUUUCUACUACAUUUUAUACAUACAGACUGCUUAUUGAUGUCCAGUACGGUAGGGGUCAGAAAAUCUUUAGUAUUUUGGGGUGUUCGCGCUAUGGGCGGGAUGGGGCGAGUUGCAAGCUGAUUGAGCAAGACAUUGCAGGGCAAAUUAGCCCAGGGUUGAGUGUUGGUGUCAUGAUUUUGAUGUUUGCUGGAUAUAGAUUAUUGGCUUACCUUGCUUUAAGGCGCAUCAAAGCUUGAACCUUUUGUAUUAACCUUGUAGAUUCGUGCUAAUUAAUCAUAUAAACAAGAUUCAUUGUU